AUGGAUCAACGAGAAUUUCUUUUCUCUUCAGUGGCCCGAGUGGCUGUCGACGAGAGCGUGUGGAAAUAUGGACCAGAAUACGUAUUUGACGUAGAGAUGAACAUCACCUCGACUCCGAUCAAUCACGACAACGUUCAAACGUCGAACUGCACAGCUAUGAACCUGUUCUGCAGGCCAACGGGAGCGGAUGGGCUAAAUUGCCACUUGGGGAACGUCAGACGACAAAGCAUGGACAUCAUGAACGACAAUACAAUCAAAAUAUCCGAGCAACAACUGAAACAGCCGGCCAACAAAGAACUAAAAUUCGAGAUCAAAUUCAACGAUUACGGCGUCGACCACUUGAUAGUGGACGAUCGAAACGAAAUUGAGGAUCUGAAUGACAUUAAACUGAUCGCCGAACGGCUUAACAUCGGAGCGAAUUUGAACGGCGUGCCUGACGGUACGUUCGACAUUUUGGAGAACACGACGAUCGGACAGUGCGAGGUCACGGUUGGCAUAAAUCACUAUCUGUCGAAGAGAAUGAUGAACAAGAUAAAGAACAACAGAUACGAGCUGGAAUCUCUGCCGCAAUUGAACAAAGUCCCCAGCGAGACCAUAUUGAUCCAGAAAACGACCAAUUUGAAUAAUUGCAGCUAUUACGCCUCCUUCUACUUUGGAUCCUACGGUACCAAUAUCGUGGUCGAAGCGGCUCUCAAUUCGCAUCUAAUCAAACACUACGAUGAUUCUUCAUUCUGCUUCCAGGUGAGUUCCACCAGUCGUAUCCUCGUCAGCGACUACCAAUUCAUCUCGUCGAUGACAAGGACGGGUACAAUGGGCACGGACCAAAAGAAGAACAUGUCAUCUAUAGUACAAUCCCUAAAUUUGUCUCUGCGAGACAUUCGAGCAGCCAAGCGGGAAUUGACUGAAAUUCCUGAGGCGUCGAUAACUAAAGCAGGAGGAGGAAAAGGCUCAAGUAAAACGGAAGAAAGAAGCCGUUGAGAAAGAAGAACGGGAGAAACGUGAAAAAGAGCGACGAGAUAGACGAGAUGGCAGUAAUACUAAGGAUGAUCAAGACGGCGAUCCUGGUAGUCCCACAUCCCAUAAGGGUCGCAGUAGUAGUACUGGGAGUAGUAGAAGAGACAAAAGACGAUCCAAAUCUAGGUCUAAGGAACGAGAUAGGGAUCGUCAGAGAAGCGACAGAGAUCGUGAUAGAGAUAGAGAUCGAGAAAGAGAUAGAGAAAGAGAACGAGAAAGAGAUCGUGACCGUGAAAGAGAACGUGAACGUGAACGUGAAAGAGACAGAGAAAGGGAAAGAGACAGAGAACGAGAAAGAGAACGUGAAAGAGAAGAAGCGAGAAAAACUGAAAGAGAAAUUAUGCGUGAAAGAGAAGAGGAAGAAGAAGCGAAAGAGAGAAAAAAAAACGAAAGAAGAGCGAGAGAAAAAGAAGCAGCUUAUCAAGAACGUUUGAGAGCAUGGGAGACGAGGGAACGUCGUAAGCAAAAGGAAUAUGAGAAAGAAGCGGAAAAACGCAGGGUAAAACGAGAAGCGAGAGAAAGAGAAGCGAAACGCUUGAAAGAAUUUCUCGAAGACUAUGAUGAUGAAAGAGACGAUGCCAAAUAUUACAAAGGCAAAGAACUUUCACGUCGUCUAGAAGAGAGAGCACUUGAAGCAGAAGCCGAUUCACGGGAUCGUUGUGCCGAGCGUCAAGAACUUCAACGUCUUCGCGAUAAACUUUAUGCUGAUGCUUCUCAUCCAGAUCCAGCGGCUGAAUUUGAAAGGUUAAAAGCUGAACGGGAGGAACAGUAUAAACCUAAACCCGUUAUCACGAUAAUAGACGAAGAAGAUGAAAAAGUAGUGAAAAAAGAAAAAGAAAUUAUGCCACCUAUAGAAACUGAACCAAUUGAAAGUGAUAGUGAUGAAUGCGUGCAAUUUGAUGAUGUUUCUCAAUCAGAAGCACCAUCUAGGACACCACCGAGACAUCAUCAUCAUCACCGAAGACAUCAUCGUCAUCAUCAGAAUCAUCAUCGUGAAGGCGAAGAACCUGAGGAAGUUGUAGAAACUGAUAGAGAAAGUGUAAAGGGUACGAGAUCGUCACCUUCUCAUCAAACAGUAACAACACCAGUUCAAUCUGUUCCACCUACAUUAGAUGAAGAUUCGCGAAUGUCUCUUGUUAGCGAACCAGAAAAAACGGGUAGUAGUAACUUUGUACCGUUCGCCAUGGGAAGCGCAGGUAAUCGUGGUAGUGAUCAUGGUAUUGGUAAUAAAACUCCUGCUAGUCCAAGCACAGCUAUUAAUGUUAGUUCACAACAAACGAAUCAGAAUAAAAGGAAAGGUCGAAUCGAUGUGAAAGACGUAUUCAAUAACGACGACGAUGACGAUAAUGCUAAUAACGCAAAGAAGCGCAAACUAGUUCCUUUAGAUUACGGCGAAGAGAAAAAGAAAAAAUCUACUGAAGAAGCUCCUAAACCUGGAAAAGAAGAAAGUACAAAAAGUCAAGAAGAGAAAAGAAAACACAUAAAGUCUCUUAUUGACAAAAUACCUACAGAUAAAAAUGCUUUAUUUGGAUAUCAACUUGAUUGGGCAGUAAUAGAUAAUACGUUAAUGGAUAAAAGGAUAAGGCCGUGGAUUAAUAAAAAAAUUAUUGAAUACAUUGGAGAGCCUGAACCUACAUUAGUAGAUUUUAUUUGUAGUAAAGUAAUGGCUAGCAGUUCGCCUCAAGGCAUACUCGAUGAUGUACAGAUGGUAAAUAAUUUUUAUUUUAUCAUUAAUAUGAACUAAUAACUGAUAGAUUUUAUAACGUUAUAUAUUAUAGGUAUUGGAUGAAGAAGCUGAAGUUUUUGUAGUCAAAAUGUGGAGGUUAUUAAUUUACGAAGUGGAAGCUAAAAAAAUGGGCUUAGUUAAAUAAAUUAAAAAUCAAUUAAAGUACUAAUCGACUUAAAAAUUUAUACUACACAUCAAAUUCCUUUGGUUAAAUUGUAUUAUUAGGUUAUAUAUCCCAAUACAUGAUUACUUAUGUAUAAUUUGUAGGAUUGCUAGAUAUGAUGUUGUUUAAUUGAUAGGUAAACUAAAUGUGUAGCAAUUGAAAUGUUAAAUACAAAUUGUAAUUACGAUUUAUAAUAUUUGAGUUGUAUUUUUUCAAAUUUGUUUAUUCAUAGUUUUACAAAGAGGUCUUUUAACAUGUUUAUAAAUAAUACAUCUUUUUACAUUUUUUAAGAAGCUUAAUGAAUUCAAUUUUAAUGAUUACAUAAUUCUAUAAAUUAUGUGUUUUCAAAAUUUGUAAAUAGAUGCAGUAAAAAUAAUUAAUUGUUACAUAUUACAUAUUACAUAUAUACAUUGUAAGAUCUCUGUUUUCUAUUAUUGUUUCAUGUCAAAUUAAUUUAGUAUUAAGCUAGUUAUUAAAAAGUGCAUAGUGAUGUCUUGUAUUGAUCAACAAUUAUGAUAUUAAAGAAUACUUUUUAUUGUAAUGUAAAUGGAGAAAAGUUAUAAAUUUUUACAGAAAUUAUUUACGCGAAGGUAUGUAUGAACUGAAUUUUUUUAAAAGAGGUAAGUAGUAACAAAUGUUAAUGAUAAAGUUUGAGCUUAUAUCAAACUAUUAUUGUAUUAAUUAAGUAAUAAACAUAUCUUUGUUUUCUAUUUCUUUCUCAUUACAUUAUAGUUUCAUACAUUAAGUAAAUUCACGUUAGGAAGAUCUAAUAAUUUUUUUACUAAUUUUAAAUUGAUGACUUGGCUCUUUUAAAAAUACUAGUUUAAGUAUGACUUUUGAUCAUGUUACAUGGAUCUGAAAUUAUAUGUGUUAGACUCAGCCUAUAAAAUUUCAUUAAAAUCACUUUAUCGAGAAAUUAAAAGAUUUAAGAAAUCUUUUACUAAAUGCACCGAACUCGAUGAAAAUCUGUAAUUUCAAUCUCUUAAAGAUUUCGUAUUUCCACUUGCCAAACAUGGUAUUUCAAGAUUCGAUUGUUAAAUCGAGUCGAAGGAAGAAAGGAAAGUGAUAACCGUACCCAGAAAGGAAACGACUGGCUACAAUUAUGAAUUCUAUUUUGCAGGUGCUAAAGGCGAGUACGUGUAAUCUGUAG